AUGUUGAGUUCUUCAAUAAGUUCGGUAUUUGCAUUAGAGUAGAGCUCCUUUUAAGAGCAUUUCUUGAUUAAAACUUCUAAUUUUUAUGAAAUGUCUUUGAUGUUUUUUGAAAAAUCAAUUAAUUCAUUUGGUUAGAUAAGAUUUCUGUAGUAGCAUUCACUAAAAAGUUUAUCUAUAGUCAGACUUUUAUAUUACUUAUAGUGCUCCAUUCUUGAAAGAAGCUGCUCUUUUAAUAUAUCAAUCUAAAAUUUUAUAGCUUUGAAUUAUCCUAGCCAUUAAUUAAUCAAGUUAUUCUGCUCUUUUUUUUAACUUAUUAGCUGUUUUUAGCUUUUAAUUUUAUACUUAAACUGCUUUUUUGAUACCUCCCUUUGA